UUCGGCAAACCCGAGGAGCUGUGUUCUCUAGAUUUCAGAACCCCCAACUCGUGCUGCUCGCCGCUGACAGGAACAGCCGGGGACCACGUCCGUCAUGUGGGGUCAAGUCCACAGUGUAUCACGCCAUUAGAGACGGACAUGCGAGGCAUCAUGACGCCGUGAUGCGUCAAGGCAGCCCCACUGGAUCCACACGUCAUCGGACGCAUCAAACGGCGUCAUGAACGGCAGACUGCAGUCACGCGUUCGCCGCCCUUUGACUUGCGAGUCAGAUUCCUACGUGAUUUGUUUACUGCUUCAAUACCCUUUCUCCUCCCACGGCUAUAACCUCUCUAUGAAGCAAGAGCCAUGCGAAACUCCGUCCGCGUCUACCGUCAGUAGUAACCCUGCCUCUUCGCUUGCAGACCGAGAGUGUCUGAGUCAGCAAGAGGCUGAUCCAGCUUGGAUCAUGCACAACAAGUCCGUUCGCAACAGUUUUGGUCGGCACUCAUUAGUUGACAGCUUCGUUCGAAGUUUCCCGGACCUGUUUCUCAUGUCACGCUCAGUACGCAGCAUUCAUUUCAUGGUGUAUGCAGGUGGCUGCUCCAGUCUUCACGUGGCUCUCCCUCGGAGAACCUUCGGACCGCGUUGUGUUCCCCGAGACAGGAAAUCACGUGGUCCCCACUCUCGAAGAGGAGUUUAUCGGCGAAGGGUAGAUGCAACCCCGCAGCUCGAGUCCCCAGCCAUUCGCGAGAAUCUGGUGGCCUGAUCUAAUUUGAUCCCGCCCCUUGGUGUCCCCGCUUAGCUGGAAGAACAGUGGUCUGGUUCCCCCAAAAAAGGGGAGGGGACUGCGGUGACCGCUGUCGGUUCGGAGCAACUUUAGCGAAUCCAUCGGAUUGUUUCCUGACCGUGAAACGCCUCGGAUAAGCCUUUGGCACUAUACUCUCGGAGUGCCUGAAUGUGGCCGGAAUUUGAGGAGAGGGGCUACGUUUCCCAGUGCCUUUUUCUUCGUAGUUUUCGAUUGUCCCGUGGGUUUCCAGACAGGUUGAUCGUGCAGACGCCGAGCUUUCAAUAUCAAAGCGGGGGUUGUGAAAGACGAGUUACACUUCUGGCUCGAUUCAAGAUUCUAGUACCUUUCCGUUGAGAGCUGAAGGAGACAGCCACAGACUUUGGACCGUGGUAGGUACUUGCUCCUUUUCAUGUGUUCGCUGCUGCUGUCAGCAGAUGUUAAGACCGGUUAGUUCCGCUCGUCCUCCUCUCUUCUCCCGGACCAUGGAUCCUCGUUAUCAUCAGUCCCUGAGUCCUCGCGUUGCCGUGGGUGGAGGAGACACAUCCAUGGAGGCGGCUAUUGCGGAUCUGGAGGUUUGCCACGCGACGCUGAGGCACCAGAUGGCCAAGAUUCAGCUCGUGAAGGAGCGGCUCCGCGAAAAAUGGAAGCAAGAUAACGAGGACUCUGACAGUCCCAGGAGCACUGUUCAUCCCAACCGGUGGUCACACCCGUCUGCCUCGGGCUCCUUUUCAGCAUCCCAAAGCCAAUCCGAGAUUGUAUCAGCAAUAGCCAGAGACUUAUCAGCAGUUUCUAAAGACCUGCCUCGGCUCCAGCUUCCCACCUCGUCUGAUUCCACGGCCCUCCAGCUUCCUGUUUUGUCUGAUUCCAGGGCCCUCCAGCUUCCUGCUUUGUCUGAUUCCACGGCCCUCCAGCUUCCCGCCUCGUCUGAUUCCACGGCCUUCCAGCUUCCUGCUUUGCCUGAUUCCCCGGCCCUCCAGCUUCCCGCUUUGUCUGAUUCCACAACUCUCCAGCUUCCCGCUUUAUCUGGUUCCCAGGCCCACCCUCCAUCUCAUCCUGAUGGCUUCGCGGGUGAUGCCCAUUCAGUUCUCAGGCGGCUCCCGUCUCAAUUCUAUGCUUUGGAAUCCGAGGAUCAAGCUAUCUACUGCUUUCGGGGAGAUGGAACGAUCCUCAUGUGGAAUCCUGGCUCUGAAAAACUGUUUGGGUAUUCAGCAGAGGAGGCGCUUGGACGGAACAUUCUGGAGCUGCUGUGCUGCCAGGAGACAUGCCAAGCCGCCGCGCAGAUCAUCGCACGCGCACAGGUCGGCCAUUGCUGGACUGGCAACUUCCCCAUUCGCAGCAAGUCAGGCGAGGUGUUUGACGCCAUGAUUACAGAUCGGCCUAUCUUCGACGCCAAGGGUAGUGUGAGCAUGAUUGUGGGAGUGGCCAGUGACAGCCGGCCGUUUAAGGAGCAGAUCCGAGCGCUUAUAGGCAGCUGCAGCAGCAGUAUGCACGUCAGCACGUCCAUCAGCCCUAUCUCUACUGCGUCACCUGGCGGUGCUGCUGCUGCUGCAGCGGCUGUUGCCGCUGCGGCGACCUUUCAUACUUCUGGUGCUGCUAUGUUGGACGGUGCCACUACGGCUGCGUCACUUGGCACUGCUGCUCCUUCCAUUGACGAUUUCCUGUCGCCGGCUUCACCUUUCGGGAGCAUCCCAUCGCCAACUGCAGCUGAGGACGAUGCAGAGGAGCUGCUGUUUGCGGCAGGCUUUAAGCCACUGCAGCCCAUCAGGAUAUCUCAGAGUGCAACUGGAGAUACUCCUUGCCUUGUGGCGCCUGGAGCUUCUCGCCCUUCCACUGCUCUUCUGCCUGCGGCCCCUGUUCCUGCUUCCUCUCUGCCUGCUGCCACCCUCGCCCGCGGUCAUGAGGUUGACAUGCCUGUGCCUUUGGCAGACCUUGUUGCUCAGGGCUCUGGGGCCCUGGACUUCCAAGGAGGAGGCGAGGUUGGAGGAGAAUCAGCAGCGCCUUUUGUUUUUCAAGGAGGAGAAGCAGCAGUGCCAUUUGAUUUCCAGGGAGAAAUGGAGACCCGAGGGGAAGGCAAGACUGCGCCCUUCGAUUUUCGGGCAGAGGAGGCUCCUCAGGUGGAGUGGCAGCAUCCGUGGCAGAUACCCUUUGCCUCCACCGUCUUGUCCCUGGCUGGCAAGGUGGCACAGUCAAUUGGGCAGGUGCGCAAGCGGCUGUCUCCCACCAGUUCCACCGUCUCAUCGCAGACCCAGCUCUUGCCAGUGAAUGUUUCAGAGCACCUGCCAGAACUGCUCCCAGGGCACUCUCCAGCAGGUGGGACUUCCCUAGCAGAAGCUUCUUUCGCUGAAGCCCCUCAGAGGAAGCUGCUGCAGGGGGGGAGGAGCCCCAAGGCAAGCAGGCUGAGUCCUGAGGCGGAGAGGCUAAGUCCGGCAGCCAGCAGGCUGAGCCGGCAUGACAGCGGCUCUGGCAGCUCCUGCAGCAGCUGCAGCAACGCCAGUGGCGCUGGUAACGGCGCUGCUGCUGCUCCUGCUGCUGGUGCUCGGGGCAGUGGUGGGAAUGCCAGUGGCAGUCGUGUUCCUGAUACGAGCGGUGCUGAUACAAGGAAGGCGUUCCGUAUUCCAGCUGCCAGGCCUCGGCUAGAGGCUGAGGGCAUGGCUCUGGGUGUCUCUUUGAUCGGCGCGGUCGCUGCUGCUGCUGCCCAUAGUGCUAUCUCUGCCUCCACCCCUGAAACCGCUGCUUCCCCACUGCUUACUCUCGCUCCUCCCCGCCCAGUUCACACCCCAGCAGCAGCAACAGCCCCAAGUGCUCCUCUUGCUCCAGCUCCUGUCCUCGCACUCACAUCCUCCUCCUUCCUUCCCUCCUCUUCCUCUCUCCUACCCCCCUCAUCCUGCCAUCGUCCCUCCGUUGCGCCUGCAGCACAUGUGUCACAGUUUGCCCCCUUGCAGCCAGAAACGUCCACUGCUGCUGCUUCCGACCCUUGGCUAAGCCGUGGCCUUAAUCUCGGUGUUGCUGUUGCUAGCAGUGCUGCUGGUGUUGUGAGCGGUGCUGGUGUUGGUGGUGAUGCUGGUUGUGGCAUUAUGCUGCCGAGCGGUGCUCCUGCUUGUGUGGCUGAGGCGGCUGCUGCUUCCUCUCAGUCAUUGACAAGUGCAGUGGCAACCGCGGCUGCUGCAGCUGCAGUGUGCAGCACGCACAUGGGGAACCCGAUGCUCGUUGAUGGAACCAGGGAGCAUGGGCAGAUGGGCAUGCAGAUAUGCGAGAAGGGUGGCAUGGGCGGCAUAGGAAUGGGGAUUGCAGAGCACAGUGGAUUGGGGCAGGGGCAGGGGGAUUGGGGCAUGGAGGUUGGAGUGGAGGAGAACGCAGGGCAAGGGAUGCACGGGAUGGGGGUGCAUGGGAUGGGGGUGGAGAGGAGGGUCGGGAAUGUGAGAAUUCUAGAGAGGCAGGAGGGUGAUGUGAGCAUGGGAGGGCAGGAGCAGCGGGAGAGGCUGGAGCAGUGGCAGGGGUGGGGAGGAGGGCAGGGGGGGGUUGCAGGAAGGGAGCUGAAAUUGGUGCGGGAGCAGGGGAACAGGGAGAGGCAGGAGAGGGAGCAGUUUUGGGAGGAGGGGGUGGCGCGGUGGGAGAUACGAUGGGAAGACAUUCAGCUGGGGCAGGAGGUUGGCCACGGUGCAUGUGGUACCGUCUAUCACGGCACAUGGAACGGAUCCGAUGUGGCGGUGAAGGUCUUUGCACGCCAUGACAUCAGCGCUGCCUUCAUGAGGGACUUCAAGAAAGAGAUCCGCAUAAUGGAGAAGCUACGCCAUCCCAACAUCCUGCUCUUCAUGGGCGCUGUGGCUUCCUUGGACCAUCUCGCUAUAGUCACUGAGUUCCUGCCAAGGGGCAGCCUCUUCCGCCUGCUGCACCGCCGCACCGCUGGCCUCACAAAGCUGCGACUCCUGCGCAUGGCACUUGAUGUGGCACGAGGAGUCAACUACCUGCACAAGUGCUCACCUCCCGUCGUUCACCACGAUCUCAAGUCCGCCAACCUGCUGGUCGACAGAAACUGGACCGUCAAGGUUGGUGACUUUGGGCUGAGCAAGAUGAAGUUUGCCACUUACCUCUCUGCUCGCUCUGGCCGGGGAACGCCCCAGUGGAUGGCUCCGGAAGUGCUUCGCAACGAGCCGUCCAAUGAGAAGUCCGACGUGUACAGCUUUGGAGUGGUAUUAUGGGAGAUGGCAACUCGGCAAGUGCCCUGGGAGGGCAUGAACCCCAUGCAGGUGGUGGGGGCCGUCGGAUUCCUCGAACAGCAGUUGCCUCUGCCCAACACGAUAGACCCGGCUAUGCGGCAGCUCGUCUCGGACUGCUGGCGCAGUCCUUGCGAGCGCCCGUCUUUUGAUGAAAUUACCACGAGGCUAAGGAGCAUGGUGGAGGAACAAGAGCGUCAAGUGGAGGGAAAGCGUGUGUAGGUGGUAGGUAGGAUGGAAGAGUAUUAGUUUGCACAUUAUGUAGAGAAAAGCUGACCCAUGCAUGUACAGGAGCUUAGAGCAUGGAUUAGCUAUGUGUUGUAAACUGUUUCCAAAUCUCUUUGGAUGCAAAAUUUGUUUACUCUUCUAUAUAAAUGGUAGAGCUCAUAAUAU